UUAUUUGAAGACUUUGCCUAGCUCCCAAUUUGCGUGCAUCGCGGGUUCACUGUUCGUCCAGUUAUUUCCAGACUUUCGCGUGUUGCGCAGUUAAUAGUCAAGUUUAUAGUGUAAAUAGUCAACAGUCCAGUGUGCAAAAUGGGAAAUAAGUCUUCUCUGCUCCUUCGCGAAGAGGAGAUUGCACAAAUUCAAGACGAAACAGGAUUUACCCCAAGUCAAAUCGAAAGAUUAUAUUCUCGUUUCACCUCCUUGGACCGCGGUGAUUGUGGAACACUAUCUAGAGAUGAUUUUCUCAGAAUUCCAGAAUUGGCUAUUAACCCUCUCUGUGAUCGCAUUGUCUAUGCAUUUUUCGCCGAUAGUAACGACGACCGAGUGAAUUUCCGCCAAUUCAUGCGAGUGCUCUCCCAUUUCCGGCCGAUCAGAAAAAACAAACAGAAUAAAUAUAACAGCAGAGAAGAAAAACUUAGAUUCGCCUUCAAGAUGUACGACCUCGAUAACGAUGGCGUGAUUAGUCGCGAUGAACUCUUGAAUAUAUUGCACAUGAUGGUCGGCGCGAAUAUUAGCCAAGAUCAACUUAUCAGUAUUGCAGAGCGAACAAUCCUCGAAGCAGAUCAGUGUGGCCAGGGAAAAAUUUCAUUUGAGGAUUUUUGCAAGGCUCUAGAGCGAACGGAUGUUGAACAAAAAAUGUCAAUUCGCUUUCUUAACUAAUGAUUUUUUGUUGUAAUUAGUAUUAGCUAGCAUAGCUGGAAUUGGCUAUGACCAAAUAUUAAGUGAAUUUUUCAAUUUGUUGUUUAUAUAUAUGUAUAUGUCAAAAUAAAGCAAGCGAUAUUUUUGGGGAAAAAUCAAAA